AUGCCGGAGCGGCGGGGAGGCGCUCGGCGGCGGCGGCGGCGGCGGAGGCGCGGAGCGGCGCGCACGGCGGGGCAGCAGCGGCUGCAGGUCGGGGACAUCGCCGGCACCAUGCGCCUGCCGUGGGCCCUGCUCUGCCUCUGGCUGCUGGCGGGGGCGGCCGGGGCUGCCCGGGCACGCACGCGCCGGGAGCUGGCCCCCGGCUUGUACGAGCACGGCGUCUAUGAUGCCGGCGGCUCCUACUGCCAACGAGGGGACGUCUGCUGCCACGGCCGGGACGACGGCUGCACCGUGCCCUACCUCGACACCAUCUGCUACUGCGACCUCUUCUGCAACCGCACCGUCUCCGACUGCUGCCCUGACUUCUGGGAGUACUGCCUGGGCAUCCCGGCCCCCUUCCCCAAAGUCCAAGGCUGCGCCCGCGCCGGCCGCACCUACCCCAGCGGGGCCACAUACCGGGAGAACUGCAACCUGUGCACCUGCAGCCCCGCGGGGCAGUGGCAGUGCGAGGACAACGCCUGCCUCGUGGACGGGGACCUCAUCGAUGCCAUCAACAGGGGCAACUACGGCUGGAGGGCCGCCAACUACAGCCAGUUCUGGGGGAUGACGCUGGAGGACGGGAUCCGCUACCGCCUGGGCACCUUCCGCCCGCCGCCCACCGUCAUGAACAUGAACGAGAUGCACGUGGCCAUGGACUCCAACGAGGUGCUGCCCCGCCACUUCGACGCAGCCACCAAGUGGCCCGGGAUGAUCCAUGAGCCCCUGGACCAGGGCAACUGCGCCGGCUCCUGGGCGUUCUCCACGGCCGCCGUCGCCUCCGACCGCAUCUCCAUCCACUCCAUGGGGCACAUGACGCCCUCCCUGUCACCCCAAAACCUCCUGUCCUGCGACACCCGCAACCAGCGGGGCUGCAGCGGGGGACGGCUGGACGGUGCCUGGUGGUACCUGCGCAGGAGGGGGGUGGUGACGGACGAGUGCUACCCCUUCACCAGCCCGGAGAGCCAGCCGGCGGCGCAGCCCUGCAUGAUGCACAGCCGCUCCACGGGCCGGGGCAAGCGGCAGGCCACGGCGCGCUGCCCCAACCCCCAGACCCACGCCAACGACAUCUACCAGUCCACCCCCGCCUACCGCCUCGCCUCCAGCGAGAAGGAGAUCAUGAAGGAGCUGCUGGAGAACGGCCCCGUGCAAGCCAUCCUGGAGGUGCACGAGGAUUUCUUCCUGUACCGCGGCGGGAUCUAUCGGCACACGCCCGUGGCCGAGGGGAAGGGGCCGAAGCACCAGCGGCACGGGACCCACUCGGUCAAAAUCACCGGGUGGGGCGAGGAGCAGCUGCCCGACGGCCAGACCCUAAAAUACUGGACGGCGGCCAACUCGUGGGGAAGGGCAUGGGGCGAGGACGGGCGCUUCCGCAUCGCCCGCGGCGUCAACGAGUGCGAGGUGGAGAGCUUCGUGGUGGGCGUCUGGGGCCGCGUCGGCAUGGAGGACAUGCCCCACAAGUGA